CCUGGGGAAGCACCUAGGGGGAGGAUCGGCCCAGCAGCACAGGACAGCCCCAAGGUGCCGGGUCAGCACUGGAAAGUGGCGGCCCUGUGGCCGGGCCCCGCCCCGUGCUAGGACUCGAUGCGAGCGCCCGGCUCCGCUGUGGAGGCAGGGACCGUCGCGGCCUCCGCGCCGCCACGGGCAGAGACCGCCGCGCUCCCGACCUGCCCCGCGCUCACUUCCCCCAGUAUCCCAGCGUGCCGCGCGGCCCGGUACUGGGGUAAAGGUCGCGGGGCGGCACUGGCUCGGUGGGGACGCAGAGUCCCGGUCCCGUCUUUCACCCGUCGCUGCCACCAUGGGGGAGCAGUCGCAGCGCAUCAGCCCCGUGAAGAACUUCUUCGCUGGCGGCUUCGGGGGUGUCUGCCUGGUGUUCGUGGGGCACCCACUGGACACCAUCAAGGUCAGACUGCAGACCCAGCCUAAGCCACAGCCUGGUCAGGCUCCACUUUAUUCUGGGACCUUUGACUGCUUCAGAAAGACUCUUGUUAAAGAGGGAGUCCGAGGCUUAUACAGAGGAAUGGCAGCUCCUAUUAUCGGAGUGACCCCCAUGUAUGCUAUCUGCUUCUUUGGGUUUGGCUUGGGAAAAAGGCUCCAGCAGAGAAAACCUGAUGACGUUUUGACGUACCCGCAGCUGUUUGCUGCUGGCAUGUUGUCAGGAGUGUUCACCACAGUAAUCAUGGCUCCAGGAGAGAGAAUCAAGUGCCUUUUACAGAUCCAGGCAGCUACAGGUGAAAACAAAUACAGUGGCUCUUUGGACUGUGCGAAACAGCUGUACCGCGAGGCUGGGAUUCGCGGCGUGUACAAGGGGACAGUGCUCACCCUCAUGAGAGACGUCCCAGCCAGCGGAAUGUACUUCAUGACGUAUGAAUGGCUGAAGAACAUUCUGACCCCUGAGGGAAAGAGUGUGCGUGACCUCAGUGUGCCUAGGAUCCUCUUUGCUGGGGGCCUGGCUGGGAUCUUCAACUGGGUGGUUGCCAUCCCACCAGAUGUGCUAAAGUCCCGUUUCCAGACCGCUCCUCCAGGAAAAUAUGCAAAUGGCUUUAGAGAUGUGCUAAGAGAACUCAUCAGAGAGGAAGGAAUUGCAUCUCUCUAUAAGGGCUUCACAGCUGUGAUGAUCAGGGCAUUUCCCGCUAACGCGGCAUGUUUUCUUGGUUUUGAAGUUGCCAUGAAGUUUCUUAACUGGAUUGUACCAGAUGUAUGAAGACUCUAGGAAGUCUUUGGAAAUUAGAGAGUAGAAGGAAGAGAUUGCAAGGCUGCCUCAAAGGAAUAAAUGAAUGAUCACUUGAAGUUUCAGAAAUGCUCACUUGCCUAAUACAAGACCUUUUUGCCUUCUUCACAUUCUUUAGGUGGUGCUAUGUGCCAAUCAGAGAUGUAAGCUUUAGCUCUGAAACAGAGCUGAUGAGGGGUUAGAGCUGAUCCACCCCUGUCUUCUGAGCCAGUGUACCACAGCAGUAAUGCUGCUAACAGACAGCUGUCACUGUUACACACACUACCUUAAGUACUUCCUCAUGGAAGAAGGGGACACUUCUUUAAAUGUAAUUCUUUAUUUACUGAAGGAACAUGUAGCAACUAAUGCUGAAAAAUGUCCUUAAAAUUCUUGUUUGGUAGUGUGCACUUAACUCUCAGGGCGUAAGUUAGCAGCUGCACAUGCUAGUAUCUACAAGCAACAUCCAGAGCAUACUCCUCUUCUGCAGUCUUUUAGAUUGUGCUAUUUCUUUUCACAGUGGGUUUCAUCUUAAGCACAGCAAACACAGAGCUCAGCAGGGGAGACCAGAGCUAGGCUUUGGCGAGUUGAGUGAGGGGUUAUUACAGAUACUGUAUCGGCUCUCGCAUGCCAAUCUUUUCUGUGGAACUAGGAGGGAGAAUUAAUUGUGCUCAAUGUUUCUACUGAACUUCACUGAGGCAGCCAGUGGGGAAAUGUGUCUGAUUAACCAGAACUUUUCUCUGAAAUCCCUUUGUCUCCCCACUGAAGAUGUGCCAAGGGUGAUUUCACAAGUACAGCACUAUGCG